AUCAGAUAAUAUAUUACAAAAAAAUUCGGGUGCUUGCGGUGCGAUUGGUCAAUGGUUUCAUGUGACUAUAGGAUGCUAGAUGCUGACCCACAACAUUCGCCAUCUUGCUGAAUUUAUUUAGAUCCAAACCACAAUUUUUGUUCGCCUCAAUUUUCAUUGUUUUCAGUCGAAACACAUAAGACAUGACUUCCGAUUCAAGAACUGUUUUUGGAGCAACAUCAUCCAGACCAGAACUUCAGUGUCCAGCUGCAGCAACUGUACAACAGUUUGAUGAUAGGGAAUGGAAAUCCAAUCUAUUCAAAAAUUUAAGUCAGUGUACAGAUGUCAUUCACCAAGAGGAACAUUGUUCAUCUGCCCUGAAGGAAGCUGGCUUUGCUUCACCAGAAACACCAUUUUUAUUGCAGUUAGAGAAGUCACUUCUUGAUAUAGCUUUGCCAGCCUUAUCUGACGGGACCUUUUACUGUUCAUUGUUCAAAAUUGAGAACAACUGCUACUGUAGAUUUUUUGAAAGUGGUGUUUUGGAAGGUUAUUUUUUAGCUGAAGGUAUAAGAUAUGUAAAAUCUUACAUGGAAGAGAAUUUUGACAAUAUUUCAAUGGGAAAGUUCAUUUGGUGCCAAGUUUCAACCCCAGAAGACAUAACGCAGUACCAUCAAAGAUAUGCUAAAAGAUUGGACAGAAAAAGAAGUCAUAAGGCUAUAAGUCAACCCUCUGCAGAUAUUGGGCGAAGAUUUAAUUAUUUGAUGACAAAAAAUAAAGGAAGUGUUGUGAAUGCACACAGAAAUCUUUUGGCCAAGGCACAAACAUUAAGUCCAACAUCAGAAAACCUCCAGUUUCUUGGAACUGUUUUGCAUGUAAUUAAAAAGAAUUCCCACAAAGAAACAAAUCAGUUAUUAGCAAGGUACCAUGAGGCUACAGGUGCAUUUAGAUCGGCCUCACAUACAUGGGAAAACUCCUUUCAGCAGUAUAGAGUGAAUGGUGUACCCCAACAUCUACCUGAAUUUUCAUCUCUAUUAGAUAAUCCAAGAAGUUCACAUUUCACUUGGCAUGAGAAGUGCAUGAUAAUAUCGGCUAUCCCCAACAACCAUUACUGGGAUGAAGUAGAUCAGGCCCAUGUGGGAUAUGCUAGGAUGCUGUCUGUUAGAGAUGAAGUAGGGAAGAAGAAACCAGCAUCUUUAAGGAAUUUAAUAUUACUCCACUGCAGAGACAAAGAUUUUGGGACCAUCUAUCAGCUAGUUAAAAGAAUCCAUUCCACAACCAACUAA